AUGGGUGUCCAAGGCCUCUGGCAGGUUCUCUCUCCUUCCGCCCGCCCCACGAACCUCGCGACCCUCAACCGGAAGCGCCUCGCCGUUGACGCCUCCAUCUGGAUUUACCAGUUCCUCAAGGCCGUGCGCGACAAGGAGGGAAAUGCCCUGCGUAACAGCCACGUCGUGGGCUUCUUUCGCCGGAUAUGCAAGCUGCUGUGGUUCGGCAUCAAGCCCGUCUUUGUCUUCGACGGCGGCGCCCCGGCGCUCAAGAGGGCCACACUGCAAGGGAGACGCCGGAGGCGAGAGGGUCGACGUGAGGACGCGGUGCGCACGGCGGGCAGGUUGCUCGCCGUGCAGAUGCAGCGGAUCGCGGAAGAGGAGGAUCAGAGGCGGAGGGAGGCCAGGUCGGCUGGUCGAGGUGCUGCUGCCGAGGGAGGAGGAGGAGGGGAUGGCGUGCCUGAGGGCGAGGUGCUGCCGGACGUCGAGAACAUGGUGUACGCUGAGGAGGCCUUCACUGCCAAGUCGGAGAGGAAGAAGGAUAGAAAGUUCUUCCGCCAGGACCAAUACCACCUGCCCGAGCUAGAGACGAGCAUCGAGAAGAUGGGGCGUCCCGAUGACCCACGCAUCAUGAGCGUUGAGGAGCUAGAGGAGUACGCGCGCCAGUUCAACAGUGGCGAGGAUGUCAAUCUGUACGACUUUGGAAAGAUUGACUUUGACGGGGACUUUUUCAAAUCUCUGCCCGCUGCCGACCGUUACAACAUCCUCAAUGCUGCGAGGGUGAGGAGUCGGCUCAGGAUGGGCCUGAGCAAGGAGCAGUUGGAGGUCAUGUUUCCAAACCGGAUGGAUUUCUCGAGGUUCCAGAUAGAGCGUGUCCAGGAGCGGAACCGGCUUACACAGAGGCUUAUGUACGAAAUGAACAUGGCUGGCACGGAUCUUACGGUUGGCGGAGGUGGACGGGUGGCGGGCGAGAGGAACAGAGAGUACAUCCUUGUGAAGAAUGACGGCGUCGAGGGUGGCUAUGCCCUUGGUGUUCUGACGCAGGAGAAGGACAUUGGUGAGAGACAUAAGCCGAUCGACGUCGAUGCACUGCAGCUUAGGUUUGCGCCACGAGACGAAGAGGACGAGGACGACUGGGAAGACGACGAGGAAUUUGAAGAUGUGCCUAUUGAGGGCGUGAAUCGGCUUCCCAAAACCAGGGGUCGCCAGCAACAGCCACGAGACAACGACGAUUCAUUGUUUGUGGAUAAUGGGGAAGAUGAUGAGGCAUUGUUUGUAGGUCAAAGGGCCGAGGACCAACUCAUGGCCGAUGAAGACGAAGAUGUCGCAAGAGCAAUAGAGAUGUCUCUCAAGAAUCAACACGGAGCUGGACAAGGGACGAGCGAGGUCGAGGAGGAGGAAUUUGAAGAUGUUUCGAUACCCCAGUGGGAGCAAAAGGCAGUCGACAAUGUGCCGAAGCCGAUCACUUCCACCCGUGGAUCAAUGGUUGCACAUAUUAUCAACAACAGAGCCAAUGCAGCCGUUCCGAAGAAGAAGCAGGCCGAAGAAGACAGCGACAGUGAGGGGGACUUUCAGGCAGCCUUGGCAGUUGCAAGAAAGAAGAAACAGACCGAGGCGUCCAAGGCCAAGCCAUCAGCUCCGAUCAAACCAAACGUGAAGAACCCUUUCGGUGGCCCGUUGCCAUUUGAGAAGCUGGACUGGAGGACUUCUAUAUUCGAGAAAAAGCCACAGCCGAAAACUGACGCGCAAGUACUCAAAGAAGCAAACGACAAGGCCGCUGAGACUGGUGGAGGCUUCUCCAUCGAGAUACCAGACGGCGAGAGCCAGACCCAAAAUAACGUCAUUAUGGAAGGCGGCUUCGAAAAAGAACCUGUGGAGGAUGAUGCGCCGAGACCUUUGCCUCCAUGGAUGGUUCACGACGACACAGAUAUACGGGACAGGGUCAAGAACCAACAACGCGCGCAUAAUGAGAUCAACGAUGAAGACGAGAGCCUGGCCCGGGAACAAGAGCAGCUGCGAAGACGGCGGCGACAAAACGAGAUCGUGGAGAUUGAGUCGUCUGACGAUGACGACGACGAUGUCCAGAUUAUAGAUGCUCCGCCAGCGAAAUCAGAGGAGACGGAGUUUGUGGAUGUCGAAAUACCAUCAGAAGAGCGUCCUCCAGAGCCCGCGGCGACACAAAUUACGGCCAUGCAAGCUUCAGAAGAGCCUUCUUUCGAGGAUGUUGCACUGCAGCAGCAUGACCCCGCCGCGGGACAAGCUACAAAGGAGCCUGAACAGCGGAUGGUGUCCGAAGAGCCAGAGUUUGAAGAUGUCGUGCCUCCAACGCCACCGAUAGCCCAACAGGAAAGGAUCGAGGGACUGGCAGAAGUCCCCGAUCAACCUGAGGCUGAUGAUGACUCAUUCGAAGAGGGCGAGUACGACGAGUUCAGCGAUCCCGAAGAUGAGCAGCUCAUGGCACAGCUGGCCGAAGAGGCUGAGGAGCACGCACGCUUCGCAAGCGAGCUGAACAAGAAGCCGGCACAACUGACCCAGGAGGAAUACGAGCGGGAGCUACGCCAGCUGCGCAACCAGCAGAAGAAAGACAGGCGAGACGCCGACGAGGUCACUCAGAUCAUGGUGACCGAGUGUCAGGCGCUGCUGCGCCUGUUUGGUAUUCCUUACAUCACAGCUCCCAUGGAAGCCGAGGCACAGUGUGCCGAGCUCGUCUCCCUCAGUCUGGUGGACGGCAUUGUGACGGAUGACUCGGACAUCUUCCUCUUUGGUGGCACUCGCGUGUAUAAGAACAUGUUCAACAGCAACAAGCUGGUGGAAUGCUAUUUGGCUGCGGACCUGGAGAAGGACCUCUCGCUGUCCCGCGAGCAGCUCAUCUCCAUCGCGCACCUCCUCGGCUCCGACUACACGGAGGGUAUCCCCGGCAUUGGACCGGUGACGGCACUCGAGAUCUUGUCCGAGUUUCCCGGGCGCGAGGGUCUCGUGAACUUCAAGGAGUGGUGGACCGAAGUGCAGGCCAAUCCGAACCGCCCUAAGGAGGCAGACUCGGGCUCGAGCUUCCGGCGUAAGUUCCGCAAGAGCAACGCCACAAAGCUCUUCCUCCCCACCGGCUUCCCCUCCCCAGCCGUCUAUGAGGCCUACCUCAAGCCCGACGUGGACCACGGCCAGGAGCCCUUCCAGUGGGGUGUGCCCGACCUCGACGGCUUGCGGCGGUUCCUGAUGGCGACGAUCGGAUGGUCACAGGAGCGGACAGAUGAGGUGCUUGUGCCGGUAAUCCGUGAUAUGAAUCGCAGGGACAUCGAGGGCACGCAGAGCAACAUCACGAGGUACUUUGAGGGGAGCGUGGGUGUCGGUGCGAAGGAGGCCUUCGCGCCCAGACAGCGGGCCAAGGGGAGCAGGAGGAUGGCGGCUGCCGUGGAUAAGCUGAGGGCAAGCACAGGGAAGGAGGGCCUUCCAGCCGUCGAGGAGAGCGGCGAGGAGGAGCAGGGGGGCGAGGAGGCUGCUCGCAGCUCGGCAAAGGCCAGCGGGAAGGGCACAAAUGGGCGAAAGCGAAAGAUGCGCGCUACAGCUGUGGCAGAUAGUGACGAUGCCGAUGGUGAUGAUGAUGAUGAGUUUGUCGAUGAAGAUAGACCAGAGGCGAAUGGGAAUGGCAGACGGAAGAAGGCAAGGGGGAAGGGGAAGGGAAGAAAAGCAAAGGCAUGA